AUGAGGGCGGCGGCGCGGCCCAAGAUCGGCGACAGGGCGACGAGCGACGUGGUGGUGCGGCUGCGGACGCCGGACUCGGGCCGGGACGAGUGGCUCUACUGCCACUCCGGCGUGCUCGCCGCCGGGAGCGCCUACUUCGCCGACCGCCUCUCCGACGCCUGGCCGACGUGCCAGAUCCUCGACUCGCGCUACUGCGUCGAGGUCCACUGCCGCGACGCCGACCUCAGCUCCCACGUCACCGCGCUCCGCCUCCUCUACGCCGCCGACCCCGUCUCCCGCUUCGGCGUCCGCGGCGCGCUCGCCCUGCUCGAGGCCGCCGCGCACCUUGGCUGCGCCCGCACCGCCGCCGACUGCGCCGACUACCUCGAGUCCGCCCCCUGGGACGAGGCCGACGAGGAGGAGAUCCUCGCCGCCGCCCCGCGCCUCGGCGCCCACCGCGCCCGCGUCCUCGCGCGCCUCCGCCCCGCCGAUCCGGGCCCCGCCACCGCCAUCUUCCUCUCCGCGUUCCGCCACGCGACGGCCGCGCCGUCGGCCGCCUCGCGGGAGCUCAAGUCCGCCGCCCAGGAGCAGCUGGAGUACAUGCUCACCGAGGACGACGACGCGCCGCUGCUCACCUUCGACGCCGGCAGCAGCGACGCCGUCAAGUCUCAGGUGAAGGGCUGCGUCACGGGCCUACUGAACAGGUUCAGCGAUUUCACGGGCUCCGCACUGACGAAACAGACGGAGGCCCCUUGCUCCGGCGAGCUUCAGCAGGCGCUGCACUCCUUCGUCUCCGACAUCGCCUGGGUCUGCCAGGUCCUGGGCAAGCUGGAGAUGAUGAAGUGCCUCGCAGCCUACUGGGUGGAAGCGUCGUCCGCCGUCGUCGCAGCCGUCGAGGCGGCGGCGGCGGCGGAGUGCCACCCGGGGCCUGAAUGUCUGAAGACCAGGCUGAAGGUCGUGGAGAUAUCUGCAAAGGUCCUGGAGGCCGUCGCGUUCGGCAACGUCGUGCUCCCGGCGGAGAAGCGGCGCCACGCCGUGAGCGUCUGGAUCGCCUUCGCCGGGACAACGAGGCAUCUGGUGGAUGAAGCUGACCGUGGCAGCAACGACGACGGCGACGACGACGGCGGUAAUAAUGGUGAUGGAGGCACUGAAGCCGAAGCUGCAUCAGCAUCAGCAGCAGCAGCAGCAGCAAAGGUCGGCCUGGACGGCGAGGUGUGGCAGGGGCUGGAGUCGGCGAUCACCUCGAUCGUGACGACGCUGCCGUCGAACGCCCAGGCCGAGGUGCUGUCGGAGUGGCUUCAGUCGGAGCACGCCGCGUUCCCGGACCUGUCGGAGGCGUUCGACGCCUGGUGCUACAGGUCCAAGGUCGCGCGGAGGAGGCUGUCUUUCCUGAACAGCGCCAAUGCGGCGUCCUGA